AUGAGGGCCCUGCUGGACCGGUGCCUGUCGCCGUCCAAGAAGGCCCGCGGCCGCGAGCCGCCGGAGGGCUGCCUGGCGGUGUACGUGGGCGCGGCGAGGGAGCGGUUCGUGGUCCGGACCGAGUGCGUCAACCACCGCCUGUUCAGGGCGCUGCUGGAGGAGGCCGAGGAGGCGCGCGGGCCCUACUGCUACGCGGCGGACGGGCCGCUCGAGCUGCCCUGCGACGCCGGCGCGUUCGCGCGCACCGUGGAGGCCAUCGAGCAGGAGAUGGCCGAGGAGAGGACGACGGUCGGGUGCGGUGGCGGGGGUAUCGUGAGGGCAGGGCACUCGGCGGCGGCGCACCGGACGGCGGCGGCGUGGUGA